UUUCAGAAUCAAUUCAUUAACGUAUUCAUAACGAAAAGUGAUGAAGAUGACGUUUUCGGUUGUAUAUUUUGGGCUACUUUUGGCACUGAUCCUAAUAACGGUGAAAAUAGCAGAAGGAAAUGGAGGCUCUCGACGAAAUUUUAACUACGGCUAUGAUGAAAGUAGCCAAUAUAACAGUGGCUAUGAUAUGUCAUCGCUCACUGCCGGUAUGGGAAAUCUUGAUACUUCAUUUGGAUCAUCAAAUGGAUAUGAAUAUAGUCACGAUGCUUUUUAUUCAGGUGGAUAUGGAUAUAAUCAAGAUGUUACUCCCACAAAUGACGCUCAAAAUGACGCCAGAUUGGCGGCCAGGAAAAGUAAAGCGGCAGUCAUAAAGGGUGAAAUAAAGACUCCAUGGACCGUAUUAAGUGACGAUGUCAUUCACCGAUUUAUUAAGUUUGCCAACGCAGCACAGCGGCAAAUGCCACAAAAUAUGAAAAGAUAUAAAUUACUAGAUGUUUCAAUAACAAUGAUACCAGAACAAUGUAAGAAUCAUGCAAAAACAGACGAAGAUGAUGUUCAGAUAAUGUAUGGUGGAGCCGGUGGAGAUGUCGGAGGUGAAGAUGCCGUCGGUCAUUACAUUUGCGUUCAUUACGUACAUCAACACCAAACAGUAUACGUUUACGAUAGUUUAGGAUUCGAGUUGAAUAGUAAUCAAAAAAAGGUUCUAAAAGUCUUAUAUCCAAAUUCAAAAUUAAAAUAUGGAACACCGAAGACAAUGCAAAAUGAUUUUACUUCUUGUGGAUUGUUUGCCAUCGCCUAUGCAACAACAGUCAUAUUUGGAGGGGAUCCGGAAAUUUACGAACUUCAAUUAAGCACAAAAGAAGGUGUUGAUCCUUCUAUGCCCCUCAGGCGACAUCUUUUCAAUAUGUUUAAAAAUAAGUCAUUUUCCAUAUUUCCUUAAGGCAAUCUGACUGCAAAAAUUCAGCAAGAUGUAUUUCUUUCAUUAAGAAGUUUGUAAUAAAGUGAAAAUUGCACAUUUUGUGUGUGAAAAGCAAAUGAAA